CGUAAACUGUACAUGUGUCUCUCGUACAAAAGAACCGUUGCGGAUAUGUUAAUAAAUCUUUAUUGUUGACAGCCACUAGAUUAUUUCUCACAUGAUACUCCGGCCAUUCGCUCCUAUUUGCUUUGUCAUUUUACAUACUUCAUAUGCGAUCAAUCCAUGGUUUGGCUGUCCAAAAGAUGACAAUCUUGAAACAAGUAAACAAUUGUUUUUUGUACAUCACAGUUAAUAAAAGAUUGUCCCGAUGGAUGGUUCAGCUACGAAUCUAACUGCUAUUCGUUCUUCGUACAAAAUCUAUUUGAUUACUUGACAUCAAGGAAAAAUUGUGAAGUAAUUCUCUAGACAUAAUGUAUAUUCUCAGACACAUGGUGGAUCAUUGUUACGCAUAGACACCGUGAAAGAACACCAAUUCAUAUCUGACAGGUUGAAUGACAUUGCCGUCAAUCGGUCCUUGCGCUGGUACACGGCUGGAGUAAUGAGGCCUGACUCCUUCGGCGAAUUUAUGUGGGAAGGUCAUCCACUCGUAUAUCAAAAUGUUAGGUCAGAACUAAUGUCCUUGUGGCUAGAUCCUGUACCAAAACCAUCAGACAGUCCUUCAUUUCCUAAGGAUCGUACUCGCCUGGUUUAUGGGACGGACAGAAAUCGCUGGGGUUGGUAUUUGGACACACCAAACGUAAGGAGAGGCCACAUUUGCCGGGCCGCAGUUGCUAACGCCAACCAGCUCUUACCUAUUUCAAAAUCACUAGCCUACGGAAGUGAUGUAUCAAGCAGGGGAGCGAAAGGUCCAUGUUUCAUCAUCCAUCCAAAAGAUGUAUUAUACGUUCAUCAAAUGAGCACUGAAAAAUAUGCGGAAUUACGCUGUGAAGCGAAUGGUAAUCCUCAGCCUACUUAUAGAUGGUAUUAUGUCAGCACUGAAAUGCUGACCAACAGCACAGGUAGUACGGUAACUAUAUUGCAUCGGACACUUAUCGAUCCAGCAUCGGAACCAUCUGGCCGCAUUUCCAUCAGUGCCGGAUCAUUAGUUAUUCAUAAUCCUGACACUUCAACUGAUUCACAGAUGUUUCAGUGUGAGGCAAGAAAUAUUUAUGGAUCUAUUCUCAGUCGCACCGCAAGAAUUAUAUUUGGACAACUUGAAACAGCCCCUAAACAGCCAAGGAACGAAAGAAUAGUGAUGUCUCAUCAAAGCGAAACCUUACCUUGUGAACCUCCAGCACACUCACCUCCAGACAGCUUGCUUUAUACUGUUUACAUGAACAAAAACGGGGAACUGGAGCCAGUAUUACCACAAUACCGUAGAAACGUUUUUAUUUCACAGGCAAAGGGUCUUAUUGGCUUUUCAGAAGUCACUGCAGUAGAUAGCGGAACUUACGUGUGUAUGAUAACAAUGCAGUUUGAUGGUCAUCGUAUGUAUGAUUCUCCGAAGCUUCCGGAUAUGCCUUUUACCGUAAGAUAUAGCAAUGAACCCAGACAAGAUCCUAGAAUAUACGAUGACUUUCCAGCCGUUUGGCCAACAAAUCCUCAACGUGGUCAACUUGUUCGUUUAGAAUGUUUUGCUGCUGGUUACAGUCAACAGGAUGGCUUGAAGUAUUCAUGGCGCAGACUGGAUGGUGCACCUCUGAGAACGGAUAGCCUUAAAGAUUAUGACCGUGUGAUUGAAUUACCCAAUGUACAACCUGAAGAUCAAGGAGAAUAUGAAUGCAGUGUUGAAGAUUCACUUGGAAAAAGAGCCAGACCUAAGACUCUGAAUUUAAAAAUCACUGCUAAACCAUAUUUUACAACACCAUUACAAAAUACUGUGGUAGAUGUGGGCUCUGAUGUAUUUUUAACUUGUGAAGCAUCCGGUAUUCCAAAUCCUGCCCACGAGUGGUAUAGAAAUGAUAUAACAAUAAGUCAGCUGACUGCUACUGGUAAAUUAAGUCCAAAUCAGUAUAAUAUCUUACAUGAUGGUCCAACACGAUCGAUUUUACGAAUUCGUAAGGUAGGAAUUUCAGAUUCCGGUAUGUUUACAUGCUUGGCUUGGAACAGUUUGGGUAGCGAAUCUUCUUCAGCCGAAUUACGUGUACUGGAGUUAGCGCCGACAUUUAAGAAACAUCCUGUUAUGCCUAAUGAAGGUAUGAUUGGUGGUAGUGCAGUCAUGGAGUGUCAACCCGAAGGAGCUCCUGAAAUGACAAUCGAAUGGCUUCAUGAUGGAACACUUCUUACCACAAGUGAAAGUUGGCUGGAUCCACAAACAGGAAGUGCAAAUUGUGGAACUAAAUACUGUAAACUACCCAGUAAAAAUCUUUUGAUAGUCAAUUUAGUCGAAUCAGAUGCUGGACAAUACACUUGUAUUGCUAAAAAUAUCUUGGGUCAAGCUGAAUCAAGCGCUUUACUGACAAUAGUCCCACAAUUAACAAUGAGUCUAACUCCAAUAUCUCGUGUUGUUUACCGGAAUUCUACAGUACUACUCCCAUGUCGUGUUCAAAGUUCAUCAUAUUUAGAUGUCAAUUAUGCUUGGUAUUUUGAGGGGGUAUAUCUUAGGUUCGAUCGAUUAGACUUGGAUGCCAGACGUUAUGAACUUGCCCAACUCUACAGACCAUAUGGAAAUUAUUUUGGAACACUGAAGGUAGUUAAUAUUCAGUUUGAAAAUUCUGGAAAUUACACCUGUGUAGCUGAGACUCCUUUGAAUUCACAGUCUUCAAGUGGAGUAGUUAGGGUUGCAGGACCUCCCGGACCAUGUGGUGGUGUUGUUGUUGACCCACAAGUUGGAGUGGAUCGAGUUAAUGUGAGCUGGGCUGUUGGGUCAGCACAUUUAUUUCCAAUUUCAUAUUUUCAAAUUGAAGCCAACGCUAUGUACGAUCCACCAAAUCAAUGGACAGUUAUGGCUUCCAAUAUAAGUAUACAAAGUACAAGGUUACUUAAACCUUCAGAUCGACGAAUGACUUUCAUUAAUAAUUUAGCUGCUAACAUGGCCUAUAGGGUACGUGUUCGAGCAGGAAAUGCUUUAGGAUUAGGUGAUCCUAGUCCACCUAGUUUGUCGUUUACUACACUGCCAACAGUCCCCACUCUUAUGCCUCAGAAUGUAUCAGGUGGUGGAGGUAAACACGGAACUUUAGUAUUCAGAUGGAUUCCUUUAUCACGAGUUAAUGAAAAUGGACCGAAUUUUCACUAUAAAGCCCAUAUUAGAGCUAAAGGAAACAAUGAAUAUUCUACUCAUGAUUUAUGGACCGCUAAAAUGGCAGAUGAUGGGAAGCAUAUGCAGUAUACUUUAUCACUUAGUGACAACUUAUACUACAAACCAUAUGAUGUCAGACUGCAAGCAGUUAAUAGUAAAGGUGCUGGUCCUUUGACAGAGCCAGUGACAAUUAUGUCUGCUGCCCGUGUACCAACCAACGCACCAAGUGGUGUAACCGCUGGAGCGGCUAACUGCUCAGCUAUUCGAGUUUGGUGGAACCCACCUCUUCCAUCAGAAGGUGAAGGACCUACCUGGGGUUAUAGGAUUUUAUAUUGGCCACGCAUAUCUGACUGUCGCUCUCUUGAGUCGGAUCGCGCAAGAUAUCAGCUUGGUCAACGGCAAACUGUUCAUGGAGAUGUAACAGAGGGCUUAAUUAUUGGACUUGAUGCUGAUACAUAUUAUUGCAUUGCUGUUCAGAUAUUUAAUAGUGCUGGAGAUGGACCUGAAUCAAGUUUUACAGAACAAACAACAUUUAAAACAGCUCCGAGAGAAUUUCCCACCAUGGUUACCUUAAAUGCAACUGGUAUACCUAAUACUAUUCGUGUUUCAUGGAUAGGAAUUCAGGCUAGACCAAAUGAAGAAUCAGUAGAGGGCUACUGUAUUCGUUACUGGCCAACUGGUUCACAGUUUAAACAAACUUUUAAAGACGUUGAUGUUGGAUUGAAAACUUUUGGUUUUGUUACUGAUUUAAAAACUGAUGUCAGAUACAACUUACGAGUAUAUGGUUACAGUCGUGGUGGUGUUGGCACAAUGAGUUCACCAGUUAAUCAGUUCCAGAUUAUUGCCAAAGAGAAGUGCAUUCCUGGAGCAACUUGGGAUGGCCCUGAUUUUCGAUACAAUUUCAUAUGUAAAGGUCAUUCAAUUGGCGUAUCACUGACUCCUAUAGCAUUUCUUACAUUUUUAUCUAUCACUUUUAUGUAUUACACAUAAUUUUUUUGACAACAUUUAUCUGUAAAAAUUAAAGAUUUAUUGAGUUUUCAAAUGUUGUUUCUUCAAAUUUUUUAGUCACUAUGUUUAUGACUUCUAUUUUGUAUUCCACAUGUAUGAUGUUUUCUCAGCAAAAAUUAUUAUUUUGAAAUAAAAUAAAAA